UUAAGCAGAUAAUGGUGUAAAAUGCACAGAACCAAACUAAGCAUUUGGGCUGAUCCACUCCGUAGUUUCGCUGAGUUCCCGGAUGUAACACCCUCUUUCUCUGCAACAUGGCGGACGCAGAGGCCAAGCUUCCGAAGGUUCCCGAGAGCCUCUUGAAAAAGAGGAAGCGUUUUGAACAGCUGAAGGCGCAGCGAGCUAAAGCUGCCAUCCUUCAGAAGAAGAAAAGUAAGGAGAAGAGGAAGAUCAUCUUCAAGCGUGCAGAGAGCUAUGUUCGCGAGUACCGAAGAAAAGAACGAGACGAGAUCAGGCUGAAACGUGAGGCCAAGAAGCAUGGAAACUUCUAUGUUCCACCAGAGGCCAAGCUGGCCUUCGUUGUCAGGAUUCGUGGUAUCAACGGUGUCAGCCCCAAAGUGCGCAAGGUUCUGCAGCUACUUCGCCUGCGUCAGAUCUUUAAUGGAACCUUUGUGAAACUGAACAAGGCCUCUCUGAACAUGCUGAAGAUCGCGGAGCCUUACAUUGCUUGGGGGUACCCAAAUCUGAAGACAGUGAGGGAACUCAUCUACAAGCGGGGCUAUGGCAAGAUCCAGAAGAGAAGAAUUGCUCUGACAGACAAUGCCCUCAUUGAAGAGCAAUUAGGCAAGAGUGGCAUCAUCUGUAUUGAGGACCUCAUCCACGAGAUCUUCAGUGUUGGUCCCAACUUCAGGGCAGCCAACAACUUCCUCUGGCCAUUCAAGUUAUCCUCGCCUCGUGGAGGGAUGCGCAAGAAGGGCAACCACUUUGUAGAGGGAGGCGAUUUCGGAAACAGAGAGGACAAGAUCAACUGCUUCAUCCGCCAGAUGAAUUAGACCCCACAGAGGCAGGCUGGUGUGUCUUCUGACAGAUCAAUGAAUAAACCAUGCUCACAAAGAUA